AUGAGCACUAGUAGUGUAUUAGAUAAAACACCUCGUGUGGCAGAAGAAUCACUUAAAUAUCCACGUACAGAACGUCUUGGAUCACGUGAAUUAUACUACGGUACAGCAGGUUUUCGUGACGAUGCUGGUCUUUUAGUCUCAACGUGUCAUCGUAUGGGAAUGUUUGCUGUUUUACGGUCUAAAAGUAUGGGAAAGAUUGUUGGUAUUAUGAUUACGGCAUCACAUAAUGCGGCAAGUGAGAAUGGAAUUAAAAUUAUUGAUCCCAAGGGUGAAAUGCUGAGUCAAAAGUGGGAAAAGUAUGCAAUGGAAGUAGUUAAUGCAACACAAGAGAAACUUGUUGACGUAUUGGAUACAAUUGUCAUGACGGAGAAGAUUGAUUUAGAUCAAACUGGUAAUGUAUUCAUUGCAAAGGAUACACGACCUUCGAGUGAACAUUUAGCUGAACUUGCACGAGAAGGAGCACUUGUAAUUGGUGGAAAUGUACUGGACUUUGGACUCCAGACAACACCGCAGUUACAUCAUCUUGUACGAAUGUGGAACUAUGAGCAGUAUAACAAGGGUGAUUGGGCUUCGGAGGUCGGAUACUAUAAUAUGCUUAGUGAUGCCUUUAAGCAGCUAACAGCCACGCAUGACUCAAAGCGUCUGGAGACACGACAGCCACUAUAUGUUGAUUGCGCCCAUGGUGUCGGAGCACUACAGAUGGCCAAAAUGGCCAAGGACCUUGGUGACUCGCUUCGUCUAGAGAUUGUCAAUACGCCGAGUGAUGGUGAGUUAAACUUUCAGUGUGGCGCUGAACAUGUGGAAAAGUCGCGCCAGCCACCGUCCAACUUGUCCCGUGACAACGACCGUGGUAAGCGCUAUUGCAGCAUGGACGGUGAUGGCGACCGUGUAGUGUUUCACUACUUUGACGAGGAAGGCACAUGGCAUUUGCUGGAUGGCAAUAAGAUUGCUUGCCUCUUUGCCGAGUUUCUAUCGGAAAAACUGCACGCUCUGGAACUUGAGCAAGAAGGCGUGACGUUUGGCUGCGUGUUGACUGCGUACGCCAACGGCGCCGCCACUCAGUACCUUCAAGCCCUAGGCAUUAACGUGGUGCAGGCAAAAACUGGUGUGAAGUACUGCCACGAGAAGGCAUUACAGUUCGACAUGGCUGUGUAUUUUGAGGCUAAUGGCCACGGCACGGUCAUUUUCAAGGACGCACUGAUGGACAAGUUGCAUAAAUGGGAGAAUACACUGCAUGAUGAGCGCAAAAAGCUAGCACUGUCGCAGCUACUUGCAGCAUCGCAGCUUGUAAACCAAGCCACGGGUGAUGCAAUGUGUGACCUGCUGUUCGUCGAGGCAUUGCUUGUUCAGAAGAACUGGAGCAUCAGUGACUGGGACGCCAUUUACAACGAUCUGCCGAGCCGCCAGACGAAAGUAAAAGUUACAGACCGCAAUGUGAUCAAGUCAGCCGAGGAGGACGACACCCAAGUGCUUGCCCCCGAGGAGCUUUCGACUGCCUUGAACUCGGCUUUGCAGGAAUACACCAGCAAACGUGGACGUGCUUUUGUCCGUCUAUCGGGCACUGAGGAUGUCGUGCGUGUAUACGCCGAAGCUGACACUCAAGAAGAUGCUGACGCUCUUGCGUUGCAAUUUGCCAAGCUCGUGUAUCAACAUUGUGGUGGUGUUGGUUCUGAACCCAUUCAUUUCGUGGCCUAA